UUUGUAAACACAAGCGGAACAGGUCCAGUGGAGUCCCGCGCUCCGCGGGGCGCAGCUAAAGUGAAUCGUGGACUUUUUACCAACAGACGUCGUUUCUAUCAUGUUAGUUUAUCCACCGGUAACGAGUGUGAUAGCCGAGCAGCCAAUCAGAUCCGCCAACGUGAGUUAACAGCGGAGGGUUUCGGGACUGUAAUCACGGUACUGACGAUGACAGUCCUGAAUCUGUCCUUUGCCGCCUGUGGAUUCUUGGGGAUCUACCACUUGGGUGCCGUGGGGGCCUUUCUCCGCCACGGGAACCAGCUGCUUGGCUCCCUCGGGGCCUGUGCAGGGGCCUCGGCCGGGGCCCUGGUGGCUGCUGUGAUGAUCACGGCCCCCGACAAGUUGGAGGAGUGUAAAGACUUCACUUACCGGUUUGCUCAGAAUGUGAGAGCACAGCAGCUUGGAGCCAUGACACCAGGAUACAACUUCAUGCGGACGCUACGGGAGGGGAUCGAGGAGAUUCUACCCGGUGACGCUCACAGUCUGGCCACGGACCGCCUCCACGUCUCAAUAACGCACUCCAGAAGUGGCAGGAACCACAUUGUGUCGAGGUUUACCUCUAGGGAGGAGCUCAUAAAGGCUCUACUGGCCAGCAGCUUUGUUCCUGUCUAUGCUGGACUCAAACCAGUGGAAUUCAGGGGACAGAAAUGGAUCGAUGGGGGGUUCACUGACAGCCUGCCAAUUCUGCCUGUGGGGCGAACCAUCACCGUGUCUCCCUUUGCUGGGCUGCAGGAUGUGUGUCCUGUCCACAGUGGGCGCUUCAACACUCACCUCAGGCUGGCCAACAUGAAUGUUAUGUUCUCCAUGGAGAACAUCAAACGUCUGAACCAGGCUCUGUUCCCCCCAUCAACCAGCGGCAUGCACUUCUUAUGCGAACAAGGUUUCGAUGACGCCGUGCGGUUCCUGAAGAGGGAGGACUGGAUGAGCUGACGGGAAGAAAAAACAAAACUCACGGAAAGAACUUGCUCUUACGGACGAGCACGACGCCAAGUAUCAUUCACAGAAAUGAGAGGAUAGACUUUAUUGAUUUGACUGUAUUCUAUUUCCAGUGUGACUUUAGUUUUAGAGUGUCUCCAUGGAGUGACGCUGGAGAGAAACUACCAUCACAUGGAUUCAACAGCUCCAUGCAGACCGAUCUGUGAACAUCGCCUGUGAUGGCCUCAGUGUAUAUUUAUAAAGGAGAGCAUGAAAGAGAGUGUGUAUCAUUGUGAGCUUCAAUCAGAUAAGUGUUAUCACACACACACACACACACUGGGUCUCUUCCUCUGCUCUGUGACAGCAGCUGAGCAUGAUGAAAAGCCUUCAUGAGAACAUGUACUCUUCAUCAAUUUUCCAAGGAGGCAUUUAAUUUCCCCCAGCUUGAAGCGCGCGCGAAGGGAAAAAAAAAUAUUGGAUAUCGCAGCACUUCACAGGAAGUCCAUGCUGCCGUCAUGAAUGCUGGUCUGGGAGCUCCCUUAGGACGCGAGGAGGGAGCGUCGUCUUUGAAGUGCCCGGCGAUUCCACGGGGUUUCUCUGCCGCUGGGUUAUUUUUUGAUUUCUUCCAGCGUCGGGAGACAUGAGCAGGUUCUCCGUCAGUUCCUUUUUAAGCCAUUUGCGCUGGUGCGGUGAGCACUGCUCCCCCGUCAGGACAGAGCUCGCGAGGCUCCGAUUGAAACAUUUAAAACCUUUAUUUAAUUUACUAAAACAUCAGCAUAGCACGAUAUCAUCAGCAUCGGAUCUGUACUUUUUUGCAGUUCCCAGACGGACCAGGGCCUCGUUUCCCAAGAGCAUCUUACAACUGAGAAGAUGGCAGGAUCCAUCAUACAAACGUUCCUCAGCUGAAGACGUUUCCCAGAAGCUUUGUUACUGAAGGCAACUAAAAUGACGAUGGAUCAAAAAGCGACUUCUACCAACCAAAGGGGGCUCAGAGCAUCUUAAGAAGCUGUUGAAUCUACAGGAGGAACAAAAAAGCUGCAUGAAUUAUUGAAGUUUGAUCUGCUGUACUAUUGUCACUGACAUGUCAGCUGCUGUAGAAUAAGCUAUGAUGUUUAAAUUUGAAAACUUGCAAAUGACAUUAAACUAACAUCACGGUACUCGUGUCCCUCCUCUUGACACUGACACUUCCUGGUGGGACAUCUUUAACUUCUGUAUCUCUGCUUUCUAUUUAUCCUGUGUAUAUUAUUAUGAGACACAUAUGUAAAGCAGAUCUGAUACAGAAAUGAUAACAUAUUCAUAAAAAUGUGCUCCUCAAGCAGCAGCUGAAUCAACGUUGACUUUCCAUAACUAACUUCCACCGAGGAACAUGAAUUAUAAAGACUGUGCUGCAUAUUGUUCUUAGCACAAAAGUGCACAAAUGAAUAAAGAAUAAAAUAUUGUAUUAAAGUUUUCCAAAGCACAGAUCUUAAAGGUUCCCUGUGGAUCUUUUACCUCUAAUAAUAAUAAUACGUUUUAUUUUGAAGUGAGCUGCUCGAUGACACUUAACGACUUCAAAAACACACAACUGAUCCCACUGGUAAACCCACUUUGUUUGCCAUGAAAGGGUAUUUUUAAUUUUUAAUUUGUCGCUUAGAAACAAAGAUAAGUUUUGUCAGUUAAAAUCAUUGCAUAUAUGUAAAAGCAAUUACUUCCCAAGUGCUUUCUGUAAUGUCAGUCUAUGUAUUUUGUUCUUUAUUGACUUUUACUUUUAGAAUUUUCUUUCUUUUUCCUCUCUGUUUUUCUCCUUGCACACUUGAAAUAUGUAAAAUGAUGAUUUGAAACAAGCACCCAUCCAUCUACAUUAGUAUCUACAUCUUUACAGCUUGUCCUUUGAGGGUCAUGGAGGAGAGCUGGAGCCAAUCCCAGUUUGGACUCAAGGAUUAACUGAUUUGAUUCCCAGAGGUCAAAGGUCAAGGUUACUUUGACCUCCCAAAGUUUUCCAUAGUGAACGCGAUAUCUGCGGAACGCCUUGAGGGAAUCCUUUCACAUUUGGCACAAACAUUCUCUUGGACUUGGAUUUGAUUGUGAAGUACAUAUGAAGUAUGUUUAUUUUUUCUUGAAUGUGAUAUAUUAAGAUCAAAUUGAGGGAAUGUUUUCUAUUUACUUGGACUCAUAGAUGUUGGUGCCAAGGUCAAGGUCAGGACUGCCAGUAGGGAAUUCCAUUACAUCUGGCACAAGUUACUUGGACUCAUGGAUGACCUGAUUAGAGUUUUGUGUCAUCUCACAAAAAAACAAGUUUUGCCUUAUGAUACCUAAACCUACACCUCAAAGGAAUUCGUUCAAAUUUGGCACACUGUUUAUUUGGAUUUACUGAAUAACUGAUGAGAUUUUGGUGUCCUCUGGAAUCUUAUGUCUCCAGCCCACCUUGAAGGAAUUUCUUCAACUUCUGAUCAGUUGUCACUUGGACUCAAAGAUGAAGUGGUUAGAUUUCAGUGGUCAAAGGUCAAAGGGACCAUAUAUGAAUCUGGGAAAGUAAUUGUGCAGGAAUAUGUAGAUGGAAACUGCACUGGUUUGCGGAGGCAUAUAACUGCAGUCAUCAUCAUAAUGUGAAUGACUCACAGGUCGUAGCAAAAUCCGACAGGUUGAUGUGCGUAAGCUGAACAUCCUCUCUGGCGAUAAGGGGAAAUGAAAAUAAAUAAAUAACGGGGACAUGAAAGAACGUCUUCCUGGUUGAAA